GCCGUGAUUGUCCAGAUGAUCUACCCUGGUGACCGCGUGCUGACUGAGAGCGAGCGCAGCAACGUGUGCUACCUCUCGUUCCCUGACAGCAACAGCGGCGUCAUGGGCAACGUUCAGUUCAGCUUCCGUAUCAGGAGUUCUGCCUGCACUGCUGCUGCGCUGCCUCCUGCUCUCCUGCACUACACCACAACCUGUCCCCCUCCUGACCAGAUUGACGAAGGCUACAUGUAUGGUUAUGUUUACUUCAGACAAGUCAAGGACAAGACACUCAAGAGAGGAUAUUUUCAGAAGAGCGUGGUGGUGCUGUCGGUGCUGCCACUAGUGGGGCUCUUCACGCGCGUGCUUGAGGUGCUCGCGCCCGAAUACUUCGACUGUGGGGCCGCGAGUAUAGAAGCGGCGUGUCAUAACCUCGACCAGUGGCCGCCCCCAGUGCCAGGAGAAGCCCUGGCACUCCCCCUGCUGGGGCAGGUUCUUCACACAAGGCUUCCUUGCACCGCCGACAAGCCGGCCUUCCUGGUGGCGCCGAUUUCACCGUCUCUGAAUGUCCCGACUCCUAAUCAAGUGCAGGUGUUCCGGGUGCUGUCCGGGCUGGUGUGCCAGGUGCAGCUGCUGUGGGAGUUGGUGCUCACCGCUGAGCCCCUCGUGGUCAUGGCGGCCACUCCCACGACCGCGUCCAAUACUGUCCACGCGCUACGCAGUCUUAUCGCUCCGUUGAAGUACAGCGGAGACUUCCGUCCAUUCUUCACGAUCCACGACUCAGAGUUCAAAGAGUACACGACCCGCACCACGGCGCCUCCCAACGUCAUGCUGGGCGUCACCAACCCCUUCUUCGCCAAGACCCUGCACCACUGGCCGCACGUCGUGCGUCCGCUGGAAGAACCUUUGAAUGGCAGUCCCAGCAAAAGUAAGGGCGGCAGGAAGCAGCUGCGCUGUUUAGACCACAAGCCCGGCGUCUACACUAAAUUUAGACCUCACCUCCAGCCUGACAAGAGCCUGAGCAAAGUAGUGAUGAGAGGCGUGCAAACAAACCGACCCAUGGAGGUGCAAAGCGCGCUGCUGAGACGCCAUCUCCUUGAGCUCACCCAGAGCUUCAUGAUCCCCUUGGAGCGCUACGUCGCGUCGCUCAUGCCCCUGCACCGCAACAUAUCGCCUUAUAAGGGAACCCCAAGCUUACGUCCGUUCAACCCCGACGAAUUCCUGGCGACUCUAGAGACGGCCGGACCACAACUCACGUCCGGCAUCAAAGGCGACUGGGAAGGUCUAUACAGAAGGUUUUUCCGGUGCGUGAAUUUCUCAGUUUGGUUCAAUGCGCGCUAUAGAGAAAUCAGCGAGAAGCUCACAGCUCUACACUUGCAGGCGCUCAGUGAGGCGGAUUUGGAGUCGUGGAUGUUGAGCCAUGGGGAGGUUGAAAAGGUCGACCUCAUCUUGAGAGUUCGGCACAAGCUGAGCGCGGCUCGCACCUUGGCCGCCGUGGAGGACAACACAAUUACAAAACUAGAGGCACAGCUCAACACGCUUCUGUCUUCCAUACCUGACGACCUCCGCAGAGUUUUGGUGGCUUCGCACUCAGACGAACGAUGCAGCGAGUGCCACUCUCAUUACACGGACCCAUCUGAUGACUGCCCUUCUCCUGAGCAUCGCCAACGUGCAUCUGAAUACUGCGGAGCAGCUCCUGCUUUGCCCACCGAAGACGGGCUCAGCUUGACUACUGACCGAAAUCCUAACCUAAACAGUGGUCGCAGGAUGCUGACUGAAGAGGAGGAUGCGGUUCUGCGCGCAUCAUUGCGCAACUGCAGCAUCGAAGUGGCCGUGAAAGCCGAGGAAUACAUCGGCGACAGCGGCACCGAUUUAAAUACGACCAUAAACGACGAUGCCGAUGAACCCAAUGAAUGCCUAAGUCCCGGUAAAACUAAGGCUGAAAAAGAGGCGUUUAACACAGAAGAACUUGGUAACUAUCAGCGACAGUCUGAAGGAGAUGCGUUGAAGACUAUGUCGGCAGAAGAGAGUUCAGAAUUGAGACAGUCUUGAAUAUAGAAAUAUUUCACUGUACAGUAUUUUCUAUUGAUUAAUGUACUGCUUUUUAUGUUAACAUUUAAUGUGCAAUAGCCACUUGUGUACAGUAGCUCAUUGCAUCACUCUGACCCCUGUCAUAAUAGAACAUCCGUGAGACGUGUUAAACUAUUGCACUUCUUACUCGAUUUUCAACAAUGACUUAAAACUAACGAAUACGUCUAUCGUAUAACCGCUUUUAUGUAUCAUCUUCCUAGAUGCAUUUUAAAUGACAAAGUCCACAUCUCUGCCAAUGUAUACUUUUACAAAUUUUUCCAGUUUUUCUUCUUUACGGUGAACAUUUUGGUAUUGAAGAUAUAAUUGGUUCCAUUUACAUGUUAAGUUUAUAUUUGAAUUAAUGAAGGUAUUAAAAACUUGAUGCUUGCAUGCGAUAAAAUACCUUCAUGCAAAACGUAGACGUGCAUUUUUUAAUUGAAAGUUUUCUAUCUAGAAUGUUAUGCUCUACUUAAAUUCGAUCAAUUUGUAGUAAGCUGCUUACUUAUCUCUCCAACUCGUCUCAUUACUGUUAACCUUAUCAUCUAAACGGACAUUUCAAUUCCUGACUUUUUUUUACACGAGGUUGACUAGAGAUAUAAUAACGUCGACCAGAGAUGAUUUAUAUUGUUUUUACGUCAGCUUGCACUGCGCUGCAAUAAUUAAAUGAGUAUUGUAACGAUCAUCGAGGUUUUAAGCCGUAUUUGUAUCAACGACUCUCAAUAAUAAUCUUAAACUCUAGAAAUUAGAGCUAAAAUAUUUAAAAUAUUGAGUUGUUUACGUGCGUUUAUUACUCUUGUUGCGAGGAUACCAGUACUGGGCUGCCCCCUUGUAGUUUUUUAUCGUCAUAAGAGGUAGUUAAAUCCUUGUCAUUUUCCCAUGCCUAUUGAUAUUAUUAUACUAUAGUUAGCACAGAUUUUACUUAUAUGGGUAUCAGUUAAUUUCAUUUUGUUAUCACCGUUAUGUUGUAUACUUCUUAUUUAAGCCUUUUGUUCUUCCCUGUUAUCAGGUUAGUGGUAUAAUUCCUCAUUUUCGUGUUUGUACUCAUUCUUUUAUGUCGCAAUUAUCUUAAUUUUUUCGGAACAGCCACGAGCGCCGAUGACGAUAUUAAGCUGAUGACAGUACUUCGGUUGUCGUUUUCUGCAUAUAUUCUCACAUUAAUUUUAUUUAGUUAUACUUGUAGUUGAAAUGAACUUCAUUUAAUCACAAACUUCUUGGCUCCGAUUGGCAUGUUUAUCGUUAAUUUUAUUAGCAAUUACAUUCAUGUUCCAAAUUCGUACUGAUGGAAGUCGCGAUCAUCGUAGCUCAAAAGUCAACUGUAUUGGAACUAGUAGUGAUAGGAUGUCACCACGAAAUUGUGGUAAAAAAGUUACGCAGAAAUAUACGCGACUUUUAUAACGAAACUAUGCUUUGUUUCGCUCAUCCGUUGCUAGUUGGUGUUAGUGUGCUUCGUUAUUUACUUGUUUUACGAAAAUUUUUAGACUCUGCUGUCUUUUUUGCACGAUUUAUCCUCGACUUUUUGCGGGUUAAUAUAACUUGAUUCUGAAGUCGACUUUGCCGACAGUCAACGCUUUUACUAGACUGGAUUAUCGUCGAGUUCUGGAGGUACCACAACUCUGAUUUGUUAAUGGUUAUCAAUAUCUUCAUCAUGACUUACUAAGAUCCUGUUGUUUACUCAUUUAUCUUGCACUCAUGCCUUCACAAUUUAGAAAAUAUUGUGUUGCCAAAGAUCUGCUUCACGUUACGUCGUAAUCUUAAUUUAUGUAGGUGUUAAAUAUAUACCGCGCCAUUUAGAACCCUUUUGCGGGCAAGUUACCAUUUACGGUCUCUACAAAUAUCCCAGCAUGACCCCAGUUUGUAUUUGAGGCUACGUUUUCAUGCCUCUGCCAAUUGCGAAUUAUGUGACCAUCGUACCAUAGUAUGGCCCCAUACCAUGCCUAAAAAUUAAAGGACGGGCAUUCACGUGCAAGUUGUGACACGAACAACGAAAUUGAAGUUUUUCCGCAUUCUCUUAUACGGACAGAAAUAGCAAUAGUUAACUUGAUGAAAUUGAAUUGAUGUUAGAUAGCAACCCCUAACAUUUGUAUACUUGAAAUUUAAUCAUGUAAAUAUCUUCCAGCGUAGGGACCGCAUUUAAUAAAUUCUGCAACUGCGGUAUACUCUACCGACAUGCAAAAUUUCGAAAAUGCAUAUAUUGCAAUUAUUCCUAUUUUCUUUCUCUGGCAGAAGAAAUUGAAAUGUUUUCAUAUUUCUAUGCUUACCCGCGGAAGGGUUGAUACUAAUCGCGUACGUACCUGAGAAGCGCUAUUGGAAGCUAAUGCUCGCUUUGUCAGCAUAUUAUUUGACGUAAAUUUCUUUUUAAGGCCGCGUCAUUGUGUUUUUAUUUUGAAUUGCGUGAUACCGUUCAUGACAAACCGUGACAAGUGAGCUGUUGCGUUAUAGACAAGUGACCUGUUGUGUGAUAUAUCAAGUGGUAUUGUAAAUUGUGAUGAUAGAGAAAAAGGCUCAGCUAUGUAUUUUCGUCAUUAUUACCUAGGUUUAGGUUCGUUGUAUCCAUUCUGAACUCGGCCACUUGCUAUUUCUCCUCGCAUAUUUUUUGAAAACGAGUUUUUUUUACUGGAGAAUUAUACUGUGCUUCCUUGCUUAAAUUAUAGCUCUAGCUCGAACUUCCAUUCUUGUCGGUAACUAUUCAUGCUCAGGGAAAAUAUUUAUUCCAAUUUUUGCUUUGCUCACGAUGUCCCAUUCCUGUUUAAAUUUGUGGCUACAGUGCGCUCGGAAUAAGUUCUGUAAUGUAGACUCGCUUGAUUUGCUCGCUGUCUAGGUUCAGUAGUCUUGACUUGCCACUUGUGAAUCUCUUGCCUGGUAUUGUAUAGGAUUACUAGUUGUAACGUCCAGAAUUGGCUGGAAAUUGUCGGUCAUGCCGUGGAAAUGAUCUUGAUGCUCCUCGGGCGUAGAGGUUUCAUUAGUCUGCUGACCAAUAUGUACUACGACUUGGAUAUAUUUAAAAUUUGCGAAUUACAAAUAUUAGUUUAUUUUGUAUGUAAAAUAAUUGCUACUUGUUUCAAUGUGCGAGCAUUUGAAAGAUAGAAACGUGUAUUAAACAUCGGGACGAUCUUAUUUACUUGUAUCGGCGAUAGACGUUCGGGAUUUAGUUAAGUAUGUGUCCUAUACCCGUAUAAUUUACCAACUUAAGUGUUCAGUUUAGUUUAGCAAUGUCCAUUUUAUCUUCCAUUAAUUUAUUGGUUGAAACAUAUAUUUUAAAAGUAAUGGUCAGAGACAUUCGUGUUGGCUGGGACGUUCUCUUCUUAAUCAUAAUAAGAGUGUAUCUACGUUGCUCAGCGGCGAUUACUUGAAGGCUUAUUAUUCAUAAGGAAAUCAAUACAACUAUUUUUGAUA